UCGGUCUUCGUGAAAGUACGAGUCCACGUGUACCCACCAGUCGUGUUUUGCUAGUUGUCAGAAAAGGUCUUUUGUGACUGGUUGGGGAUGGAUGGAGGUACUACGGCUGUUCUAAGACGCCCAUCAGCCAUGGAAGCUUUGAAACGUUUUGAUGUGUACCGGAAAAUCCCCAAAGACCUGACACAGCCCACUACCACAGGAGCUGCAGUGUCCAUCGUCAGUGGCUUGUUUAUUCUAACUCUUCUGGUCACAGAGUUCAUGUCGUUCUUGUCUAUCGACGUAAAGAGUGAGCUGUUUGUGGAGCCACCUCUAGCAGCAGGAAAAGUUGACAAAAUUCCCGUCUUUUUAAAUGUUUCUACACCAAAGUUAAAAUGUGAACAUUUAGGACUUGACAUUCAGGAUGAAAUGGGCCGGCAUGAAGUGGGCUUCUCAGGUGACACGGAGAAAAAGGAGAUCAACAAUGGAGAGGGAUGCCUGUUCACAACCUCAUUCCAAAUCAAUAAGGUGCCUGGAAAUUUCCAUUUGUCAACUCACUCUGCUCAACAACAGCCGGAUGAGAUCAAUUUCGGCCAUGAAGUGCAUUCGCUUACAUUUGGAGAACGCCUGGAGGGCAGUGCAGCACAGUCAGGAGCAUUCGACGCAAUGAAGGGAACGCCUCUUGUUGAUGGAGACGGAUGGCCUUCAUUUGAUUACUACAUGAAGAUUGUGCCGUCUAUCUAUCAGGCUCGCUCUGGCUCUGAAACACGUAACUUCCAAUACUCUUAUGCAACGAAGUCGUAUUCAUCCUUUGGUCAUGGCCAUCGUGUUUUGCCAGCUGUCUGGUUUCGUUACGACAUGAGUCCCAUCACGGUCAAAUACACAGAACAUAGGCAGCCGUUCUACCAUUUCAUCACAACUAUCUGUGCCAUAGUGGGAGGAACAUUCACUGUCGCUGGUAUAAUUGACUCCAUGAUCUUUUCUGCUGUAAACAUAUUCCAGAAAGCCCAGAUCGGGAAACUCAGUUGAGGAUGAAAGUAUUGCAGGUAGAUGUAGCUGUGGUGCUGAUGUGUCUAUCAUUAAUACAGACUCAGUGUGCCGCGUUGCUUAUACUAGCCUGAUUGUAUAUUCGAAUAGCAGCUCUAAUUCAAGUUCUUCUCAUCUGCGCUCUGCAUUUACUGUCCUGGAUUUGGCUGGUCAUAUAUUUUUACCUUUCAUGUGUCGCUUAUUUGACCCACUGUUGGCAAAGCAGUUACUACAGUCA